AUGGACGAGAAGGUGGCUCAGGGACUGGUCACAGAGGACUUUGUGUGCCAACAGACACUGAAGGGAAAAGAGGCGAUGUCGAUAUGCUAUGUGAGAUCAGCGACCUCCGAGUCCAGAACCUCCAAGGUACGCAGCCCAGCCUCCCCGGGAGGGAGCCUCAGCGGGUCUGAGCGCGUGCGUGCCCGCCCGCCGCCCCCCGGGCCCCGGGCCCCCCGGCCUGACCGCACUUAUGCUUCUUCGGAGGGCCGGUCACCGAGGCGAGUUUGGAGAAGUUCUGUGCGUGGUGGCCCAGGUCAGGGAGGCGAGAGAAAGCGCGACUACGUGUGCGAGGGUGUGUUGGAAUACUUACUCCCCAGGUCCAUCAGAGACGACGAGGCUGGGGACCGAAAGGGGGCGGUACCAUCUGCGAACGUGGAGAGGGAAAAUGUGCAGAAGAGGACCUUUACUCGCUGGAUAAACCUCCAUCUCGAAAAGUGUGACCCUCCACUAGAAGUUAAAGACUUAUUCGUUGACAUACAAGAUGGAAAAAUUCUAAUGGCUUUGUUAGAAGUUCUGUCUGGGCGAAAUCUGCUACAUGAAUACAAAUCAUCAUCCCAUCGUAUUUUUCGGUUGAACAACAUAGCAAAAGCCCUUAAGUUUUUGGAAGAUAGCAAUGUAAAACUGGUUAGCAUCGAUGCAGCCGAAAUAGCGGAUGGCAACCCUUCUUUGGUUCUUGGGCUGAUAUGGAACAUAAUCCUCUUCUUCCAGAUUAAGGAGCUCACAGGAAACCUUAGCAGGAACUCUCCAUCUUCAAGCCUGUCACCUGGCUCGGGGGGCACAGACUCGGACUCCUCCUUCCCCCCGACGCCCACCACUGAGAGGAGCGCAGCACUGUCCCUCAAAGACCAGAGGAAGGCCAUCAAGACCCUGUUGGCAUGGGUGCAGAAGAAAACGAGGAAGUAUGGCGUGGCGGUACAGGACUUUGCGGGCAGCUGGAGAAGUGGGCUGGCUUUCCUGGCUGUAAUAAAGGCCAUUGACCCCAGUCUGGUAGAUAUGAAGCAGGCCCUGGAAGAUUCUACAAGAGACAAUCUGGAGAAGGCUUUUAGCAUCGCACAUGAUGCCCUUAACAUUCCCAGGCUCCUGGAGCCAGAAGACAUCAUGGUGGACGUGCCAGAUGAGCAAUCCAUUGUAACGUAUGUGGCGCAGUUCCUGGAGCGUUUUCCGGAGUUGGAAACCGAAGAUUUUGUGGAUUCCGAUAAAGAAUUCCCCAUUGAAUCAACAUUUGUCCGCAUCAUAGAGACCCCUUCGGACCAGGAGAGCACCAUUUUCCUCCUGACGGAGAACGGGGAGCGUGCCUACACUGUUAACCAUGAGGCCAGCCACCCCCCACCCUCCAAAGUCUUUGUGUGCGACAAGGCUGAGAGCGCCAAGGGCUUCCAGCUGCAGCCCCACCUGGAUAGUGCAUCCGGAAGCCUGCUGCCAGACAGCUCCCAGGAGCUGAUCCAUCAGCUCAUCGGUCAGGUCCUUCAGGGGGUCCCUUGCAAAGCCAACAACGUCUGUGAGCCAGCCCCAGAAACUUCCAUCUUGGCAUCCAGAAACCGCAGGACCAACUCUUUGCCAGUCAAGAAGACUGUGCACUUUGAGGCUGAUGUUGGCCAGGAUGCUUCCUGCAGCAAAGGCCUUUUGUAUAACCAGGGUGUUGCCUUUGAAGGGAGCCCAAGAGGAGCAAAAGAGGCCUCAAAGCAGGAUGGCCCUAAGGUGGCCGUUGAGGUUGAAGAGGGAAAGAAACCAAAUCAGGAAGCUCCAAAGACCCCGGAAACAGCUUUCACUAAGGAUGAUGUUUCUUUGGCUGCCGGUAAGCUCAGUGACUCUCAGUCUUCCCACGGUUCUUCCGCCUGCAAUGGAGCCCUGGAGGGUUCAACUGAGCAAGUUUUAGCCUCCACAGAAAACACCGUAGUGGCGGAUUCCUUAGAGAUCAAGGUUAAGCUGCUGAGAGUCGAAGCUCUGGAUAACCAAGACUAUUUUGAAUGUAUACCGUUGAAAGCCUCUAAAUUCAACAGCGACCUGGUUGACUUUGCUUCCACCAGCCAUGCUUUUAGCGAGGCUCCUUCCCUUCCUGAAAACAAGCCCGCCAGCAAUGACAGCCCACAGGACCAUGACGAAAGAUCAGGCAAACGGAGCUCCAAAUCAGCCAACAAAAAGCAAGAGUCGCCCAAGCCCUGGGCUGAGUCUGACCAAAGCAGACUUCAUGGGGACGCUUUCCAAGGCUACUCUUUGACCUCAGAAGAGAUACCUGCAGCUAAGAAACCAGAGGUGUAUGAAAAGGCCAAGCGGAAGUCCACACGCCUUGGAGACGAGGAUGAGGGGGACCUGGAGGAGUUCCAGGGGGGCGACGGGGAGCUGCCAUCUAACCCUCCUAGCAGCAGUGUCAGCCUGGAGACCCUCCGGGGUAACAGUGAGGAAGGACUGGACUUCAAGCCCUCCCCACCCCUGUCCAAGGUGUCUAUCAUCCCACACGAAUUGUUCUACUACCCACACUACCAGGUACCUCUGGCUGCAGUUCUGGAAGCUUACACAGAGGACACCGAGGACUUGAAAAUCGAAGAAGAUGCCGACCUCGAUGACCCCGAGAACAGUCUGCAGGACCUAGACGGGAGGGAGGAGGAGGAGGCCGAGGACUCUCAGGGCAGCUGCAGUUCUGGGGUGAUGGGACAGGAUCUUCCCAGUGCCAGUGAGCAGGAACUCAAUCUCGACUGGGCCGCGGAGGACACCCACCCAGCCCCCGAGCCCAAUCCUCCAUCUCAGCCUGAGGAAAGCACCCCCGGGGACAGCAAUCAGUCCCAGGAAUCCACAAACUCAGAAAAUAUUGCCAACUCUAGAGAAGAGAACAUGACAGAAGAACCCAUCAGCAGUAAAAAGAAGGAAAAAAGGAAGCACAUGGACCAUGUUGAAAGUUCCAUAUUUAUAGCACCUGGAACGGUUCGGUCCUCAGAUGACCUAGAAGAAGACAUGGCUGACCAUAAAAUCCCCUCCAGGACUAGCUACAGUGAUUCCAGCAUUUACAUUCGACGACAUACUAAUAGGUCUUUGGAAUCGGAUCAUUUUAGCUAUGUUCAAUUGAGGAAUGCCGCAGAUCUGGACAGCAGGAGAAACCGAACGUUAACAAGCAAGGUCAACAACUCGGGGGAGGCCAUGUUGCCAGACAGCCACAGCCCACCAAGUGGCUCGCUGACAGAGAUGGUCCAGCAACCAGACACGAUUUACUUUAUCCUCUUCCUCUGGCUCCUGGCCUACUGCCUGCUGCUCAUCCCACAGCUGGACUUCAACAGACUCUGA